AUGUCUCUGGCCAGAGUACAACUGAGCUGUGUCUCUGUCUCCAUCCAGAGUGUGACUCAGCUGUGGCUCUGUCUUUUGGCCAGAGUGCGACCCAGCUGUGUCUUUGUCUUUAUCCAGAGUCUUUAUCAACUGUGCAACUCUGUCUCCAUCCAGAGUGCUAUGUCUCUGUCUUUGGCCAGAGUACAACUGAGCUGUGUCUCUGUCUCCAUCCAGAGUGCAACUGAGCUCAGCUGUGGCUCUGUCUCCAUCCAGAGUGUGCCAGAGUGUGACCCAGCUGUGUCUUUUGUCUUUAUCAGAGUGCAACUGAGCUAUGUCUCUGGCCAGAGUACAACUGAGCUGUGUCUCUGUCUCCAUCAGAGUGUGACUCAGCUGUGGCUCUGUCUUUGGCCAGAGUGUGACCCAGCUGUGUCUUUGUCUUUAUCCAGAGUGCAACUGAGCUAUGUCUCUGGCCAGAGUACAACUGAGCUGUGUCUCUGUCUCCAUCCAGAGUGCGACUCAGCUGUGGCUCUGUCUUUGGCCAGAGUGUGA